AUGUCGUCUUUAGACCCUCAGCGAGUAUUACCAGUUGAAAGCAAUCUUGUUGAAGAUGAAAUGGUUGUGUUGAUGGGGCCCCAAGGAGCUGGUACAGCGCUUGAAACUACACCAAGUUCUAUGAAUGAUGCUUCCAUUGAAUAUCUUUCUACCGAGGUACUCGAAGCUUCCGGAAUUACGGAAGGUUCUUCUCAGGUUCAAGGAGACCAGUUAGGAUCUUUAUUGUCACUAAGCGGUCAUAAUCAACCUAGUGAAGUACCUACUUCAGCACCUCGAAGUGGUAUGAAGCGGGAAAAUUCAUCCUGUUCGCUUGGUCAAGUGGAGGCGCCCGAAAAUAUCACAGUUUCUAUCACUCCUGAGGAUCUUUGUUUUCUGGAAGCUUCUUCAAGCUUAAGCGCUGUAUCAUUACGUAUUUCACGUCAGUCCACGCCUAGAUAUACACCUUUGAAAUCACACGCAUUAGAUUCUUCUGAGUUUCUCAGACUUUUCACUGGCGAACAGCUUGCUGUGAAUAACAUUGACAUAAAUAACUUAAACGAGGAUACAAUACAUCAGAUCGUCUCAUUGGCGUUUUCUGCUCAUCGCAACGACAAGAACAGUCAGUCAAAAAGGAGGAAGUACGAUGGAUCAUUAUCACUAUCCGAUGUUAGUCAAGACAAAAUAGUAGAACAUUCUGUGUUUCCCUCUACUUCAGGGACUCGGAAAUUACCUCUAACCGAACCACGUCACGGCCAAGUGGCUUUAAUUGGUGAGGAAGUGGAAGUUAAGAGAGAUGGUAGACUGGUUCCUGCAAAAAUUAGGUACUGUCGUGGAGGAGGAGGUUAUAAGGUUCAGUUUUCUGAUGGACAUUUUGAAUGGGUGGGCUCUGAACAAAUACAGAUACGAGAUUAUUUGAAAGCUGGUCAUGCAAAGACUCGUAGCGAUCAUGAGUCUUACAGUGGUUUCGUGGAACCAAGUUUUCCGAAAAACCAUUCUAUUAGCAGUAACGUUGGAAGACGGGCACCCCCUGCUAUCCCAGGCAUUAAGGUGACUCCACAAAAUGGAUAUGAAAAAUCUAGUGAACCGAAUUUUUGCUGUGUUGUAUGCGACCGUAGGCUCUACCAGAAAGAGAUGAAGUUCUUGACUAUACGAGUACCUGCUUGCGAUGAAUGUACCCAAUUGAAGAUGAUGGUAAUGGACACUGUCGAGGAGUACCAGAAGCCCUCCAAAAAUGCUUCGACGGUCGCAACAACAGACGUAGGUGAUAGCACGCAAGAUCCGUCUAGUUCUCCGAGGAUACCGGAAGAGUUAUUAGAAGCGCCGCCUAUCCUUCACCGAUUGGGUAGCCCAAGUGCCAGCCUUGAAAGCAACACGAUGAAAGGAAGUGCCGACACGAACGACUUUUAA